GGCUACGGUUUCACGUGGGGAGGGGAAAGAAGCACCCUGCACUGCAUGUGGGCUCGGCCCCCCCGGCUCCCCACCACCGUUACCUCCCAUCUCUCCCUGCUCAGCACCGCUGCCAAUAAGAGCCCGCAGGAGACAGAAAGCCAGGCGCUCGCCCUCCGCCCAGCUGCUCCGCACGCACCAGGGACGCCAGCCACAGCUGAGGCUGCUCCACAGAAGGUUGGUUCCCUGGUGGCAUGAAAAUAUGAAAUGCUCCCUACCCUAGAAGGAUUGGAUAACAAGCUCACAUCACUCAGUGCCACAGUCAGCGAUGGCCGCUCCCACCGUGGUGACCCUGCAGCCCCAGUAUGUGGUGGCUGGGCCCAGCGUGUCCAGGGCCAUGUGGCAGACGGGUCUGAUGGACUGCUGCACCGACUGCGGUGUCUGCUGCUGCGGGAUGUUCUGCUUCCCCUGCCUGGGCUGCCAGGUGGCCGGGGACAUGAACGAGUGCUGCCUCUGCGGGACCAGUGUGGCCAUGAGGACUCUCUACCGCACCCGAUACAACAUCCCGGGCUCCAUUUGUUCCGACUACUGCAUCACCCUCUGGUGUCCCGUGUGCUCUGUGUGCCAGAUCAAAAGGGACAUCAACAAGAGGAAAGAGCUGGGCAUCUUCUGGUCAGCGCCCCCCUUCUCCCUGCACCAUGGAGGCAUUGUGCAUGUCCAUGGCCCGAGCGGGACAAGCGUGUGGCCGCAGCAGGUUGCUGGCAGCCCGUCCUCACCUCCCGUCCCUUCGCUUACAGAUGCCAUGGAGACCAUGCCGCCUGCUCCCCACAGGAAAGUGGCUGCGGACUGCCCAUGACUGUCACCCCUCAGCCCCUCACUAACAGCCCCAAUAAAGAGCGAUGUGUGCCUUG